AUGCCCUUUGGUCUGAUGAACGCCACUCAAACCUUUCAGCGAUUCAUUGAUCAGGUUCUGCGAGGUCUCGACUUCGUCUACGCCUACAUUGAUGAUUUGCUAGUGGCUAGUUCUGACGCUGCUGAACACGAGAUUCAUCUUCGACAGCUCUUCGAACGGCUCGACUCCUACGGCGUUAUCAUCAAUGCCGCCAAAUGUGAGUUUUGGAGUCCCCAGUCUUAUCUUCCUUGGUCACGAAGUGAACUCAGAUGGGAUAAAGCCCGUCCCGGCAAACGUUUCGGCCAUAUCAACGUUCCCCGUCCCGACAACCAUCAGCCAACUACGCCGAUUCUUGGGGAUGGUGAACUACUAUCACCGUUUUCUUCCCCAUGGUGCCACCAUACUGCAGCCUCUCAACAGCUUGCUGACCCACUCCAAGAAGACACUAGUGAUGACCGAGGAGGCCGUCAGGUCCUUCAAUGACGUCAAGGCCGCACUUUCGGACGCAACAUUGCUUGCCCAUCCUCGCUCAGAUGCCCAACUAACUCUCAUGACAGACGCUUCCAGCACUGCCGUUGGUGCGUCACUGCAGCAAACUGUUCGUGGUGUUCUACAACCUCUGGUUUUCUUCUCGAAGAAGCUCAGCCCAGCAGAGACCCGCUACAGUGUCUUCGGCCGCGAACUCCUUGCCGUCUAUCUAUCUAUCCGGCACUUCCGCCAUUUCCUCGAGGGUCCUGAAUUUGUUGUUCUCACAGAUCACAAGCCACUAGUUUUUGCACUGAGGGCCUCUCCCGAUCGCUACUCGCCCCGUGAAAUUCGUCAUCUCGACUUCAUCUCACAGUUUUCCUGCGACAUCCAACAUGUCCACGGUAAGGAAAAUGUGGUUGCUGAUGCUCUUUCAAGAAUCGAGAUGGCUUCCAUCACAACAGACGUCAUAGACUUCACGCUCAUGGCUGAGGCUCAACGAUCGGAUGGCGAACUUCCCCAAUACCGCCACGAGAACUCUUCUUUACGCCUUCAAGAUGUCCCCCUUCCCACUGGCACAGGCACCAUCACGUGUGACCUUUCUACCGGACACGAACGUCCUUUUGUCCCUGCAACUUUACGACGACACGUGUUCAACGGCCUUCACACUCUAUCCCACCCUGGAGUCCGGGCGACAGUGAAACUCAUCACUGACCGAUUCGUCUGGCCCAACAUCAACCGGGAUGUACGGCGUUGGACCCGCUCCUGUCUACCAUGUCAACGAGCCAAAACGCAUCGGCAUACUAUUACUCCGCCAGGAACUUUCGCCACCCCUGAUGCACGCUUCAGUCAUGUACAUAUUGACCUGGUAGGUCCGCUGCCACCAUCUAACGGUUCUACCUAUAUGCUGACAUGUAUUGAUCGCUUUACUCGGUGACCGGUUGCUGCGCCCAUUCCGGACAUCAGUGCUGAAACCGUUGCGAAAGCUUUCUUGACUCAUUGGGUGUCCAAUUUUGGAGUUCCUGCGACUGUCACCACUGACCGCGGAUCCCAAUUCGAGUCCACGCUGUUUCGCGAACUCACAUCCCUUCUCGGUACCAACCGAAUCCGAACAACAGCGUACCACCCUCAAGCAAACGGUCUUAUCGAACGCCUCCAUCGACAGCUCAAGACUUCCCUUAUGGCCCAGCCCGAUCCUUCCCGAUGGUCUGAUCACCUUCCCCUGGUGCUGUUGUCCCUCCGUUCACUCUCAAGGCCGACAUCGGUUGCACUGCAGCUGAUCUUGUCUACGGAACCUCCCUACGACUGCCCGGUGAGUUAGUUUCUCCUUCAAACACGCUAACGUUUUUUGAACCUUGCAGUUAUGUGGAGCGACUACGUAGUGCCAUGCGCAAUCUCCGCGCAACGCCCCCUCGGGCGUCACCGGCCAAUUCCUUCAUCCCACCCGACCUGGAUAAGUGCGAUUUCGUCUGGGUUCGGCAUGACGCUGUCCGACGAUCACUCCAACCACCCUAUGACGGGCCGUAUAAAGUCCUUCGCCGAUCUGACAAAGAUGUUGUCAUCGACCGCAACGGCAAGACCGACACAGUCAGCAUUGAUCGCGUCAAGCCGGCCUACAUCGACGACAGUGACCAUUCCUCACCUCAACAACGCACCCCGCCUCAGACAGUGCGGCCUCCUCCACCUGCUGGCGACAGCCCCCCUCCGGUUCGCCACACACACGAUCUGGUCGUCACGUCCACUGGCCCGACAGGUUUGUGGCUGGCUAGCAUGUCGACGCCUUCACUUCGUUUGGUGUCUGGGGGGGAGUUGUAGCAGCCGCUCCAGCCCCCCUUUUCUCCGGCUCCGUUUUGUCGGUCGAUGGCCGUGACAAGCUGUUGACACACAGCCACCCCCGCCGGCUAACAUUCAGAUACCUCCGGUCCAACUUCAGUGACUGUCGGCUGACCUCACUAACUUUCAUCACCUCACGCGCAUCUAACGCCCUGGCUUGAUACCCGUGAGGCAUUGUGUGCAUGCGCCCCUAUUCCUCCCCUAAUUUGUCCAAUCACACGACCAACACUCAGCCAGUCACCCUUCCUGCUGACCCAGACGCACACCCGUGUAAACAACACACACACCGCGACUGACGCUCUCCCUGAAAGGACGCUUUUCUCUGUUGCAAGCAAAUCGCCAACUUACGGCAACCUGCCCUGUGUACAGAAUAAACUAGUCAUCACAGCUCCCUGACUUCUGUCGUUAGACGAAACGAACUUAUUGUGCGUGGUUUUAGUUGAUCUCACAUCCUUGACCGCCACAGGACUACCCCUUCCGUUAAUGCAGGAGCUAGUCAUCUUCAAACGACUGCUGAAAUAUUGCAGACAGUAGUUUGAACAGUUCAUUACAAUCGCAUGAAGUGCUAGUGCGGGAAUUCUAUCCGGGGCAAGGCGGUUUGGUAGAUUUCAGCCGGAGUAGUUAGGCCCUAACAAUGGUCGGUGAAAAAAGUGGCUCCUCGAUUAAGAAGAGUAGAGAGGGGGAAAAAGGGGAAGGAGACUACGAGGAGAGGUCGAUUGGUGAAUGGAUGGAUGGACAGAUACAGAACAAGUUUCUUGUGUGAAGGCGGACUGAAAGAGUUUAGAAAGGAGGAACGCUUUAACCUGAUCAUUGGUCUCCGUUGUUCCAUCUGAAAAUCUAACGGCAGGGAUCAGUUCCUAAGUCCUUUUAAUACGCAUAUAUAGCCGUAUAGAAUUUCCGGUUGCUCCAACGAAUUUUGCAGUAUGAUCAGUUCGAACUUCCUUCGCAGUUUGGAAGCCAACUUGUAGAAACGUUGCGUUAUUGCUCAUAGUACCGUAAGCCUUCUUAGGAGCCGGUUAUUAUGUAAUGCCGCCAAAGGCGUUUUUUAAAGAGGCCUCUGAGUCCGAGAUUAUCCAAUUUGGGCAGUUUGGGACUGUCUUUUUUUCUAGAGGACUGUUGGAAUAAAUAAUCUGUUUUUGUAUGGAACUGGAAUUAUUCAUAUUGUGCUUUGCUCUUCCAUGUAGUUCAGUCUCCCUUGAUACUGCUGCCGCUUCUGUCCUCAUGAGAGAUUAGUCCCCUUUCCAUACGUUUUCUCCCACCUAUCAGGCGGAAUCGGUUUUUAAAAUACUGAGUACUCGAAGUAGGGCGUGAUGUGAUCUCUUGACCCCAACGCUGGAUGGGACUGCAGGUCUAGCAAAUUUUCCUCCUCUCGGGUAACAGUAAGGUCAAGGCAGUUUGGCUGUUGUUAUUCCAUGGCCCGUGGGUCAAAGGUUACGUCUUGGCAGAGAAGUAUGAUCGUUGCCCAUUGUAGUAAUUUGUGAUUAAAGUUGUCUUGCGGCCUUUGUCUAGUCAAAGUUUGCCAAUCAGUGUCAGGGGCGUUGAAAUACUCAACGCUAUGUACAUUUUUCUUUUCACUGGCUUUGUGCAGUUCAGCUAUGAGCAUGAGAUCCUGGGCAGAAGUCUGCAUAGGUGAACGAUACACCAGUGAAUGCGUCAGUGAUCGAAUAUUCUUAACGGAUAUGGUAGUGCUCAACAGUUGUACAUCCCGUUUAAGACUAUGUACAACAGCCAUAGCGGUCAACUUACAGGUGAUAUAAAUUACGACUCCUCAUGAUCCUCGGCUUAGCCUGUUUCUCUGCGAUAUCUCAGCGAUUUCUUCAGUAAGCCAGGUUUGCGUGAAAGCCACAAUAUCUGACUUAAUUUAAUCAAUUAAGUCUCUUCAUUCGUCCAGUUUGUUGCAGAGGCUUUGUACACUUGCGGAAAUAAACUUCAAUUAUUGAUUUAUCGGAGAGACCCAGGCUUCACUGUGACAGGUUUUAACCACAGGAAGGUCUAGCUGGUCUGUACUAUUUGUCCAUUUUUGAUCUUCAGCCCAUUCUCUCCUCUGCCUAUUCUCUCCUUCAGUUCGGAUAUCAGUGCUCUCAUUUUCAGUCUUUCCCUCGGUUCGUAAUCUGGUUGAAAAAACACUUCCUUUUACCGAGUUGAGUAAGGCCGUCCCGCAUUCUAACAGAAGCGGUGCUCGGACUUCAUCUUCGAAAAUAAAUUUUAGGGGUCUUGAGGAUGUUUUUAGGUAAGCUUUGCCUAGUAGGAAAGCGUAUUUUAUGAUUAUGAUUUUCACAUCCUUCUGGACGGCACUGGUGUAUUGAUGAAUAAGGUCUGGGACGUGCAUCACCCGUCCCUUCGGAAUGCACGACGCGGACUCUGAGACACUUCUUAUUAUAAUAUUUUGCUUACUACUUAUAUAAGAGCUCAUUAUUGUUCCCUUCGCGCUAGGACGAUAUAGCGUCAGUGUAGUGCUCCUGACGGAUGAUGGCUCAUCAAAAUUAGACUGAUUUUCGUCCGUCGCGGUUCUGGGUCCUCUAAUCUUCCUUUUUGCAUUAAUGAUAUUUCGACUAUACUCAGACAUUCACAAAGUGUUAUUUAAGCUUAUGACCUCAAUUGUGUUUACUCAUAUCCUAAGGACUCCGCAAAUGUUUGUAUUGAAAAAAUAAAUGCCGAUUUACCACGCUUCAGCAGGAUGGGGUUCGACAUGGCAGGUAGAAUUUUUAUCAUCCAGGUGUAAUUUCAUGUCUUUUGGUCCUGCAAGCUUUCUGGUCGCAUAAUUUUUCUGAAUAAUCCACUUUCAGGAUGGUUCACCACAAAGGAUCGAGGUUUAAGUCAAACAAAUAAACUUGCUUCAUCGCCUCAUGCAGAUAGAAUCUCUGCCAAAGUCGCGCAGAUAUGUAGAUUCCUAUCACAUUAUUUUUACCUUCCGGAAAUGAGGCUAAGACUUUAAAAAAUGUUUAUUCUUCUAGUCCUCGAUGGCUACUGUCUUUUCUUUGGUUUAAUGAAUGCCUAUGACCGUAAUAAGAUCGAAAAAUUUUCAGAGGGUUUUCACCCGGAAACUGUUCUCCAAGUCGCAUUUAGCACUUCUUUUACUCGGAGAUGUCAGCUGGCGAACAUUAAGAUUUUGUGGGUUAGGAGACUAAAAGCUGUCCUUUGUUUCUUUUUUCGUAUUUACUCGAGCUCCAGUCUUCCACUCACUGACAAUCUCACUUCGAGAGAUCGGUCAUAUACCACGCGCAACUCCUGCAUGGGGAUUCCGCCGCCUCUUUACACUACAUCUAAGCGCUCCUUCUUUUUGCCUACAAAAAUGCCUUCCUUUAGAAUAAUCUUCCGCCAGAAAUUAGGUUAUUGCCUAAGUUACUGGUAUUCAAGUCGAAAGUACUCAAACACCUUACACUAAAAGUAUAAAGGCCCUUUAGCGGUCUCAUUCGCGAACACUCAACUUCUUGACAUCGAGAAUGGUCCUCCUGAGAUUAAAUGGUACAUCAGGCGGAAACCUUCACUUAUAUCUUUUCAACCCCCUGUCUUAAAUUGGUUACUAAAUCCACUGCUACCACUCUUUUCCCAUAGCGACGAUUUCGCGGUCCUUGAUGCCAUCUCCCUCAUUUCGACCCCAAGCGGUCUGUCGACGCUCACGGCGGAAGCCUCAGUAUUUGCUGUCUACUAG